AUGUAGUAAGAUCAUUCUCGUUCAGCGGCAACCAGAUACGUAUAUUGCAGAAUCUGGGUGAUACGCACGGCUGGGUUGAAAAGUAUUGAAGGAAACAUUCGCCUUUUUAUUGUCUUUACCAUUGACCAAAUUUUGAUGGCUAUUUGAUCGCAAAAUAAAACGUUUCGUUGCGACAUUCGCAUGUGUUCUCUUUGACGCGACAAGCGGAUAUUUGACACUUCCUCGGAGUCAGAGAGAAGACGAGGCGCUCAAAAUGAAGUACAAAAACCUGAUGGCCAAGGCGUUGUACGACAACGUCCCCGAGUCCCCGGAGGAGCUGGCCUUCCGGAAAGGGGACAUCUUAACAAUCAUUGAGCAGAACACUGGCGGCCUGGAGGGGUGGUGGCUCUGCUCGCUACACGGACGCCAGGGCAUCGCCCCGGGCAACCGCCUCAAGCUGCUGAUUGGUCCAAUGUUCGACGCCCAGUCCCCUAUCGCCCAAUCAUCACCUAUAGGCUCAGCCUACCAGCAGAAGGCCGUGUCAUCGUCCCAGGGGCUGUAUCAGGUGCCCCCGUCCCUCCAGAGCCCGGGUCAGCAAGGGAUCUACCAGGUACCCCUGGGACAAGAUGUGUAUCAGGUCCCCCCUCAGAGGAAUGCCCUGGCUGCAGACAACACCCCCAGCAAGGUGGUGACCCCGACAGGAGUGGGACAGUCCUAUGCCUACAGCGCUGGUCAGCAUAACCAACAGGACCUCUAUGACGUUCCUCCCAUGAGACCACAGGGGGUGUAUGACAUUCCUCCUGGGAAACUGAUGGGCUCACACUCUCCCGGACAACAUGGGAAUGCUCGUCCCCAAGGAGGAAUCUAUGAUAUUCCUCCAUCCACUCAAAUGGACCCUCGGACACAAGGGGUUUACGAUAUCCCUCCCUCCACACAAGGGGUGUACUCUGUGCCUCCCUGCUGGAACACCCCAGCCCUCCAGGAGGGGAACUACGAUUUCCCCCAGCCUCUCAAACAACACAAACAACAGGAGGGCAUCUACGACGUACCCCCUCCCACCUUUACCAAGCCCUCAGCCUCCCUGUCCCCCCAGUCCAACUAUGACUUCCCCCCCAGUUCCCAGCCAAUUGGCCCCCACCACCUCCAACGCCCCGUCGCAAAUGACAACGAGGGAGUCUACGACGUGCCGCCCUCCUCCCACCAGCUCUCUGGGGAGGUGCCUCGGGGGGACCUGUAUGACAUCCCCAGGGGGAUGCAGCAGCCCUCCUCCCAGCAACGCUCCACCCCCCAGGAGAGGGACAGGGGGAAGGGCCAAGGUAUAUAUGACAUCCCCCCUGCUCUGGGGGACGUGACGGAUGGGGUGAAUCGCCUGUCCUUCUCCAGUACGGGCUCCACACACAGUUCCAUGUCCACCUCCUCCACCUCCACGGUCUCCAGCGCUGAGGGCCGGCUGGCCCUGGAUGUGGACCAGGCCGUCCAGAGGCUGUGCCGCCAGCAGCAGGCGGUAGAGGCCUCAGUCGGGGCCCUGCAGAGCCUGGCCUCUUCUCCCCACUGGAGGACUUACCCUUUCAUGGAGCGCCAUACCAACGAGGUGCGCACCGUGCUGGACCGGGUGCGGGCAGCACUGGCAGACUUUGUGGUGUUUGGGAGGGGUGCUGCGGCCAAUGCCACUGCCCUGUCAGACCCCAGCCUGCACAGUAAGCUAAGGAGGCAGCUGGGGAGGCUGGAGGACUCCCAGCAGAUCAUCCUGCAGACCUACCAAAGCCUGGAGAACUGCGGCUGGGCCCUCAACGCCCUGACCAUCUCCAGCGCUUCCAAGCACCAGAUCAAGAGUGACGACCUGGAUCGCUUUGUCAUGGUGUCCAGGACGGUGCCCGACGAUACCAAGCAGCUGGCCUCCUCCGUGGGGGGUAACGCUGAGCUGCUUUUUAGACGAGCACCCACCAUGAACGGGUCCUCCUACCCCAGGGGUGGUACGCCCGAGGAGGCCGUCAUCCACCCUCUAACCUCUCCACCCUCAGAUAGUGAUAAAUACAGGGGCCACACCAAGCCCUUUCCUGUGCCCUCCAGCCAAGACAAAGGGAACAUGAACAAUAGUGAGAAGUGUGUUAAGAGCUGGAUGGAGGACUAUGACUACGUCCAUCUGCAGGGAAAAGAGGACUUUGAGCGGCAGCAGAAAGAGCUCCUGGAGAAAGAGAACAUCAUUAAACAGAGCAAGGUGCAGCUGGGACAGGAACAGAUGAACCAGUUCAAGCAAUUGGAGCAAGAGGUGAUCAAACCAGUGGAGAAUGACAUCACGCAGUGGGUCUCCCAGCAGCACCCGACAGGCCCCUCCUCCUCCCCCUCAGGCCCCUCCUCCUCCCCGUCAGACACCUCCUCCUCUCCCUCCCCCUCCCUGACAGGAGGCAGGGCCCAGCUGUGUGGGCGGGACCGUCAGCUGCUGGGCUUCUACGCAGAGCAGUGCCAGCAGCACUUUGUCACGUUGCUCAAGGCCGUGGACGCUUUCUUUGGCUGCGUGGGCGCUGGCCAGCCGCCCCGCAUCUUUGUGGCACACAGCAAGUUUGUCAUCCUCAGCACUCACAAACUGGUAUUUAUUGGGGACACUCUGUCCAGGCAGGCAGCCACGCCCGAGGUGGCCAACCGGGUGAUGAACUCUAGCAAUGUGCUUUGCGACCUGCUGAAGACUGUGGUGGGAGCCACUAAGACGGCCGCGUUGCACUACCCCAACACAGCCGCCGUUCAGGACAUGGUGGACAGAGUCACGGAUCUCUCACACCACGCUCAACAGUUCAAAGAACAGCUGCUGCAGAUGGCUGCUUUGUGAUAGUUUGUGUUGUCACUACCUGGUCCCGCCUAUUGCACCAUAGCAUCCUAUGUGUAUAUACCGUAUAUAUCUAUAAAUGUAUAUUGCUCGUUGUUAAUCUUAAGAGUUUUUGGGGGGGCUGUUCUGUACAUAUUUGGCUCUAUUUUUGUGUAGAAUGUUUUUAUAUACAGUACCAGUCAAAAGUUUGGAUACACCUACUCAUUCCAGGGUUUUUCUUUAUUUUUACUAUAUUCUACAUUGUAGAAUAAUAAUAAUAAUAGUGAAGACAUCAAAACUAUGAAAUAACACACAUGGGAUCAUGUAGUAACCAAAAAAUUGUUAAACAAAUCAAAAUAUAUUUUAUAUGUGAGAUUUUUCAAAGUAGCCACCCUUUGCCUUGAUGACAGCUUUGCACACUCUUGGUAUUCUCUCAACCAGCUUCAUGAGGUAGUCACCUGGAAUGGAUUUCAAUUAACAGGUCUGCCUUGUUAAAAGUUCAUUUGUGGAAUUUCUUUCCUUAAUGCAUUUGAGCCAAGGUAGGGGUGCUAUACAAAAGAUAGCCCUAUUUGGUAAAAAGCCAAGUCCAUAUUAUGGCAAGAACAGCUCAAAUAAGCACAAAAAAGCGACAGUCCAUCAUUACUUUAAGACAUGAAGGUCAGUCAAUCCGGAACAUUUCAAGAACUUUGAAAGUUUCUUCAAAUGCAGUCUCAAAAACCAUCAAGCGCUAUGAUGAAACUGGCUCACAUGAGAACCGCUACAGGAAAGGACGACCCAGAGUUACCUCUGCUGCAGAGGAUAAGUUCAUUAGAGUUACCAGCCUCAGAAAUUACAGCCCAAAUAAAAGCUUCAUAGAGUUCAUGUAACAGACACAUCUCAACAUCAACUGUUCAGAGCAGGCUGCGUGAAUCAGGCCUUCAUGGUCAAAUUGCUGCAAAGAAACCACUACUAAAGUACACCAAUAAUAAGAAGAGACUUGCUUGGGCCAAAAAACACGAACAAUGGACAUUAGACUGGUGGAAAUCUGUCCUUUGGUCUGACGAGUAAAAAUUUGAGAAUUUUAGUUCCAACCGAAAUGUCUUUGUGAGACGCAGAGUAAGUGAACGAUUGAUCUUUGCAUGUGUAACGCACUGACCAUAGAUUGCUUUGUAUGUUUCUAUUUUUUGUUUGGUCAGGGUGUGAUGUGGGUGGGCAUUCUAUGUUUGUAUGUCUAUGUUUUCUAUUUCUAUUGUGUUUGACCUGGUAUGGUUCCCAAUCAGAGGCAGCUGUCAAUCGUUGUCUCUGAUUGAGAACCAUACUUAGGUAGCCUGUUUUCCCACUUUGAGUUGUGGGUGAUUGUUUUCUGUUUUGUGUGUAUACAUUACAGGACUGUUUCGUUCUCUCUCUUUGUUGUAUUUUGUUCAUUCAGUGUUCAGUUUAUUUACUAACAUUAACAUGAACACUUACCACGCUGCACCUUGGUCUUCUCCUUCUCCCGAAGACAAUCGUAACAGCAUGUGUGGUUCCCACCGUGAAGCAUGGAGGAGGAGGUGUGAUGGUGUGGCGGUGCUUUGCUGGUGACACUGUCAUGAUUUAUUUAGAAUUCAAGGCACACUUAACCAGCAUGGCUACCACAGCAUUCUGCAGCGAUACGCCAUCCAAUUUGGUUUGCGCUUAAUGGGACUUUCAUUUGUUUUUCAACAGUCAAUGAACCCUCUGGAACUUUCAUGACGCACACCUGUCCCCUAUUCCCACUGAUUAGUACAUGUAUAUAUGUUCCCUUUGGUUUCCAUGGUCUUGUCGAUUAUUUUUACAAUGUGAGUGUGAGUACCUGUGCUGUGUGUUUUGGGCUUUCGUGCCUGUGUGGAUUGCACAGAUGAUUACGGGUCUCGUCCCGUGUGUUAAUCAUUGUGCGAGUGUGUUAUUUAUUCGAGGUACUCCUCGCUCUUUUGUUUGGGUUUCAACCCUGUGUUUUUGUUACGUGUUUGUUUGGUCUUCGUCCCCGUGUCUACACGGCACGCCGUAAUUUGGCGCUUAAUAAAAAAAAUAUUACGCAUUCUUGCGUCUGUCUCCCGAGUCAUUCAUGCCAACGUGACAUCCAGGCUGUGUAAAGGCUAUUUGACCAAGAAGGAGAGUGAUGGAGUGCUGCAUCAGAUGACCGGGCCUCCACAAUCACCUGACCUCAACCCAAUUGAGAUGGUUUGGGAUGAGUUGGACCACAUAGUAAAGGAAAAGCAUCCAAUAAAUGCUCAGCAUAUGUGGGAACUCCUUCAAGACUGUUGGAAAAGCAUUCCAGGUGAAGCUGGUUGAGAGAAUGCCAAGAGUGUGCAAAGCUGUCAUCAAAAUAUAAAUACAAAAUAUAAAAUAUAUUUAGAUUUGUUUAAUACUUUUUUGGUUACUACAUGAUUCCAUAUGUGUUAUGUCAUAGUUUUGAUGUCUUCUACAAUGUAGAACAUAGUAAAAAUAAAGAAAAACCCUUGAAUGUGUAGGUGUGUCCAAACUUUUGACUGGUACUCCAUUUAAUUAAGAUAUAAAAUAUAUAGAUAUGAUAUAUGUGUCUUUUUAGGGUGAUUUGGACAUAUUUUCGUAACAUUCCCGUUUCAUAUAUUAUAAAGCACCUAAUGAUGAUGACGUCCUUUUUUUUUUUUUACCUGUAGAUUGUUGACGCACCCUACUGCUGGAAAUGACGUCAGUGCUUUGUGCAAAUCGUUUGAUGUCGCACUCUUUUAUUGAAAAGGGGGUAGGGCUCUCAACAGACAAAGUAAAGGACUGUUCUUACCCAUA